AUGUCCCAAGUUAAUUACAAUCUGAUCUGCGAAUUCGAAUGUUCCGUCUGCUUCAACUACAUGCAGCCUCCAAUGAACAUGUGCUCCAACGGCCACAUAUAUUGCGGAUCUUGUUUCGCCAAGAUCAGCCGAUGCCCCAUGUGCAGAGGCUGCAAGCAGGGUGGACGAAAUUUGUGUCUGGAACUACUGUUCGAGAAGUUGUACUUCCCAUGCAAGUACGCAGACUUGGGGUGUACAUUCGAGGGUUUGGGUCCGGCGGUGAAGGAGCACGAAGGGGACUGCGGAAAGAAGCAGCCCCCCUGUCCUUUUGUUCUCACGUCUGAGUGCACGUGGGAUGGUGCUCUGACGCAACUGGAGCAACACGUGAGGAACGAGCAUCGCUUGAUAGAAGAUUUGACCAGGAGUUACUGGGUGCCCAUUUUAUCUCGAGAACUUUGCUGGAGGGAGAUCGUCAAAUUCGACGAGGCGUUGUUUUUGUUGACGUUCUGUGGAGAUGUGCCUUUCCUGCAUGUAGGAGUCUAUGUUUUGACGUCUGUCCCAGACAAGGAGUACAAUUUUCAGUUCACAUUCUUUGGGAAUGGCAGACGAACCGGCGUCGCUGGGACUUGUUCCAGCUUCGAUGACUUUGGAAAACAUAAAAUUAAUAAGGAUAACCGCAUAUCGUUUCCACUGAAUGUGCUCAACAAAUUACUUAUCGAUGGGAAACUUUUUUAUGUUAUUACUAUUAAAAAGAAAUGA